UACGCGAGGAGCUUUCAAGUCGAGAGCGCGUCUCAUCGCGAGCCUUUACGACAAACGUAACUGAAAUAUUAUGUGAACUAAUGUUAGUAUGCAAUCUUUUUCGGAGAUUUUCACCUCUUCACGUUUAAGAUGAAAGCCUGGACUACUCACGAUCAAGAUACGACGCUGUUCUGCUGUCGGACAUUACAUGUCAAGCAUGCUGCUUAUGCCAGUGCUUUGUAUACCUUGAAUAUAUCAAUACUAGUGGUGCUAUUAUACAGUUGGAGGAUCGGAGUGAAUGCCAAGAAGUAUAAGGAACUGGACGAUGUUUACUACGGUGUACAGAUAGCAUACUUCGCGAUAAUAGGAACGCAAAUGUUCAUGAUUGUCCUUAGUAUAUUCCUCUUCUAUGGGAUUUAUAAAGAAAACGUCGCUUUCUUAGUGCCGUGGGUUGUUGGUUGUAUGACUUUCAUGGCUUUGGAGGCAAUGGCCAUGGUUUAUUCAAAUAUUUUAAGGGAUCACGUCAAUAAGCAAUUCGACGCGAUGUGUAAAGCAGAAAUAUCUUUUUUAAUUCCGAGAAUAUUGUUAAAUUGUUUAUGCAUUUGUUGCGUCCUGCGACUAUAUCACCUCCUAAGAGCGGGUGUGACUUGGAAGGGGGCGGCCCCGAUUGAGCUGUGACUAUUGCCCAAAGAAUCAAAGGACUCCACAGUCCCUUGCGAAUCGAGCCUGUUGCUGGGUAACGUCGAAAGUGAUACAGACGCUAGUAUGCAUUCUCUAUGACCCACUGUGUACGUGUAAAACCCGUAUUACGUUGUGAUAAAUUGAGUAAUGAAUUUUUGAAUAUGUGUACAAAGUAAAUAGCGUUAUUAAAUUGUUAAGUUCCAUUAUGAAUACGUUGAGUCUUAUGUGUUUGUAAAUUAAUAUUGUAAAAGUUGUGAGGUCAUGUUUACUUUAUUUACACUAUGUAUAGAACGUAGAACCGCUUACGACCAGAAGAAGCUUAGUUAUUUCACGUAAAAUUAUUGCUUUCUAUUGUCAGUACUGUAUAAUGUUAUUCUUGAUAGAAAUAUUUUUAAUUAAACAUUACUGCUUCCAAUACACUUCGUUCUUCAAUAGUGAACCAACGUGGUCCGAACU